AGAAUUCAACUUCGUUUCUAACUGGGUAAUAAUUUUUUGCAUCGUAGAUGGAUAAUGAUGGUGAUUAUUCUGAUGAACAAAGUGUUGUUAAUAUGGUUCAAGUAAUGGCUGAUAAUACAUCAUUAAGUGGGAGAGAUAAUCCAAAAGGCAAGGGGGUAGUUCCAUCACCUUCCCCACCACCUCAACCCCCGCAGUCUGUACAUCAUGGCGAUGGUGGGUAUUUUCCAUUUCAGCAGUCAUAUUUUGUACCACCACCUCAAGCAUAUCCGAACAUGCCAUUUCAUGAUAGCAGCUACUUUCCGAUGCACCAUACUCUUGGGUCAUAUACGAAUAUGCUGAAUUCUUCAACUUUACCUCCACAAUUUCACAGUCCUAAUCUUAGUGGGGUGCAGCUUUCUCACACUAGUGGUAAUGGAUCUACUCCCGAAUCAGGUUCCAAACUGGACCUCGUAGAAGAAGGGGUAGAAACAUCGCCAAAUCCAAAGAAGAAGAGGAAAAAAACACAUCUAAAAAAAACGAUGAAGCAGGUGGUUCUCAAGGAACCAAACAUUUGUUCUGGGAUUCCCGUUAUGAUGAUGAGCUCAUUCCAUUUCUUGCCGACUUGUGGUGCUGGAUGGGAUGAAAGUACGAAGACUGUCAUCAUGGAGCCCGAAUAUUUGGAUAGGUGGAUUGAGGACAAGAGCUUUAAGAAUGCUAAGCUUAGACAAUAUGUCAAUAAACCCCUGAGGCAUUAUGAUGAUCUCGCCCUUAUCAUCGGUGAUGAUCAAGCUACAGGACAAUUUGCUAGUGAUGCUUGGAAAAAGUUUAGCCGUAGUGAGACAAUAAAUCUUGGAGAUGAGAUGAACUCACCAAUGCAUUCUCCCCAAUCUACUCAAGUACACAUUUUAGAUGACGAGGACACUCCUUCGCCUAAUGAAGCACACAACACAUCAAGUUCUAAAGUUAAGUCAUCAUCCGCCAAGGUAAAGGCUCGUAAGACCAACCUAGAUAGUGAGAUCAUGCUAAAGAUGGUGGAUAAGAUAGAUGUAUUUAGCACAAACAUGAAGUGUGUGAAUAUGCAUUGGACCGAGAAGUUAUCCACGGUCCUAUAUGCUCAUUCACAUGAAUUUAGUGUUGCUAAGUUAGAUACAUACUACCGUCACCUGUUUAUGAAUGAGCAUGAAUCUAGACUAUUUAUGGGCAUAUCUUCGGAUGGUCAGAAGGAGAUGAUAGAGGCAUUUCUCAACAAAGAGGAUUGAAGACAUAUAGAUCAUGGGUGUGUGUGUUAGUUUAUGAUUCUCAUUUAAGCACUUUUUUGUUUGAAAACUUUUUUAAUUAUGGUUGAAGACUAAUAUCGUUUGGUUUAGAGACAAUACUUUUUUUAAAUGAUGUUUAGUUUUGUGGUUGUCGAAUUGUAUGACAAUGACUAAUAUUAUAUUUAUAUUGUAGUAAGUAGUUAUUUGCUUUCAUUUUAUAAUAUUAUCUUUCAUACUGU